AUGGCGGCCGCCGCGCUCGCGUCCCCGGGCCGGGCGCUGCUGCGAGGAGGAGUCUGGGCGCUGUUCCGGCUGCGACCUGGAGCAGGCACCCCGGUCCCGGAGCGCGACUUCAGCCUCUCGCACAGCCGGGGCACCGUCAUCGUGGAGCGCUGGUGGAAGGUGCCGCUGGCCGGGGAGGGCAGGAAGCCGCGUCUGCACCGGCGACACCGCGUCUACAAGCUGGUGGAGGACACGAAGCACCGGCCCAAAGACAGCCUGGAGCUCAUCCUCACGCAGUCCGUGGAGGAACUUGGAGUCCGGGGCGACCUGGUCUCAGUAAAGAAAUCCGUGGGCCGUAACCGACUCCUUCCUCAAGGACUGGCUGUGUAUGCAUCCCCUGAAAACAAGAAGCUGUUUGAAGAGGAGAAAUUGCUGAGACAAGAAGGAAAACUAGAGAAGAUUCAGACCAAGGCGGGUGAGGUGACGGUGAAAUUUCUGAGAAGCUGUCACCUGGAAGUGGGAAUGAAGAACAACAUCCAAUGGGAGCUAAACCCUGAAAUAGUUGCCCGCCACUUCUUCAAGAAUCUUGGUGUUGUGGUCGCCCCCCACGCAGUAAAGUUACCGGAAGAGCCCAUCACACGAUGGGGCGAGUACUGGUGUGAGGUGACGGUAAAUGGGCUUGACACUGUGAGGGUGCCUAUGUCUGUGGUAAACUUCGAAAAGCCCAAGACCAAAAGAUACAAGUACUGGUUAGCCCAGCAGGCUGCCAAGGAAAUGGCCUCCAGAAGCUCCCAGACGCUCUGACCUGCCCUCCCUGCACGGCAGCCAGGUGUCUUCAAGACCCUGAUGUUCUGCAGCAUAGACUCAGAGGAGCCGUGGGACAAAGAUCGGCCAACACCUGCUCUCACGCCCAGCUCUGCCCAAAUACGCAAUUUUAGAGCACAUAUGGGGACGUCAGAUAAACUGCACAUACAUGUUGAAUUCUCCACAUUUGCCAUCCCCACCUUGGAUUGUUUUCCCAGUCUCCUUUAUUGGGACAGUCCUGCUCGAGAAGCACCAACCUGUAAGUUGGAUAAGCCAGACAUUAAUGGACUGAAGCAGUCCAGAUCGAUCUGUCCAGCCCCUCCCUCCGGUGGAGCACGUGGGAACGAACAGAGCUAGCCACUGUCUCGAGUACUUGGCUCGUUCUUAUCACCCAAACCAAACUUUUUUGUUUUCUGAACACAAAUAAAGGGUUGUGUUUGUUCUUUAUAGGUGUCAGUUACUGGACUUGAGUAUGAGACUAGACUGGGGUUGGGACAUCCACUGAGCUUUGCUGCCACAAAGGGAGGAGGAAGAGUGUACGUUAGCAGGCUCUGCCCCCCAGUAGCUAGGGGCUAAUUACCCCUAACAAGCUGAUACGGCUGUGGUCUUAGAAUUGAUUGUCGCUAGGUGUACUGAUAAAGUUAUAAGUAAACACAGUGACUGCUUCUCUAAGGAGAUCUGAAUGGAGCCUAAGGGUAAAUGAAGCUGGGAGUGAAGCCUAAAAAGGGAAUUUGUUUCUUUACCUAGCUCCUGAAAUUCUGAAAAGAAGAUACCUUGGUGGUUCCUAGACCAAGUUUAAGAUAUGAGGCUAGUCAUUGGGUAAAUCGGGACGAGGUGUCUUGGUGGGAGAUGAAGAAAGAUAAUUCUGAAUAAGUUCAGGUC